AUGGCCAACAAACGGAGACCGAAGAAGAUCAAAGCGCCAUAUAAGAAAUAUGUGGCUGGUCAGGGUUUCGUCCAUACCCGGGGAUUUACAGGUAGCGAUUCGUUGGAGACCCCGGAUGCCAGCAAAGAUAGUAUUAUUCAUACUCCCCAAGGGGAUUAUUUUUAUGAUAUCAAUACAGAAUCUGUGGUACAUAUCAAUUCGAGGCCAUCUCUACCGCGGAGCGAGGACUGCUUGGAUGGCGAGGCUGAAAUGGUUCUUCCUUGGGAAAUAUUUGGUUUAGUACUAAUGCAAUGUGAAAGAGUUGAACCCCAAUUUCUUUGCGUAUGUCGACACUGGUAUUUGAUGUGCUUACCAUUGGUAUAUCAUACGCCACAGCUUACUAGUAGGAACUUUCACAAAUUCGUCGACACUCUGAUAAACAAUAGAAAGAAAAAGCUUGGUGAAUAUGUUAUAAAUUUGAACCUUUCAACAAUAAUACAGAGCGGAAAGAAUUCUUUCGUCUCGAAGCUUCUGAGGCGAUGCAGUGCAAGGCUAGAGCAUUUUACCGCUCCUCAGACUAGUUUCGGCUAUGCACCACUAAUAAGUCUAAAAUCUUGCCAUCAGCUCAAGUAUUUGGAUUUAGGAUUGGUAUCAGAAACGGUGCAAUUAAGAGAAUUGUUUUCAGCGAUAAAAGGUUUCAGCAAUCUCACACAUUUAUCUUUUCCACGAAGUUCUGUUGAUUGCGAUGGCUUCAGGGAGUUUGUAUGGCCACCCAACCUGAAGUAUCUCAAAUUAAGCGGCGGAAUUACUAACGAAUUUGUUCGUGAAACUACUUUCCCUUUGACUAUUAAAACUCUGGAAUUCUCUUUCUGCCCACAAAUCAAUGAGCAUGCUGUAUACACUGUAUUAGCCAAAAUUGGGGAUCGCCUGCGCCACUUAUACUUCCAUUACCCAAUGCCAGCCCUUCAUGAAAGUUCUUUAGACUACGUUUUCCGCUAUUGCUCAAACCUUUUAUCAAUUCAAUUGAGUGUAGACUACUGCUCAAAAUGGGCAUUUUCAGAGAACUUACUCACACCACUACCUUAUUCACGCCCUCUUCGAACGAUAAUAUUAGAGUGUAGCGGCAAUUUGGGACAAGCAUUUAAAGUUCAUCCAGACGAUUUAACAAUCGCGCUUGUUGAGGAUAGACUUCCGAAUCUACGUACAAUAAGGGUGACAUCCAAAUUGGGCUGGGAUAUGAAUAGCGAUGAUGUAAGUGACUUAGUUUCUUGUUUAGAAGAUCAGGACGGAAGCGUUUAUGUAAAUUAUUAG